CCUUGGAAGGGUGGAGGGCCGUCAGUCAGCAUGGUAUCCCCCAAACCAUUGAGGGAUCAGCCAGGCGGGGGAGGGGGUACCCAGAGGUGGGGAGAGGAAAUCACGGUUCUUGGUGUCAUUCCCAUCGGCAGUUAACCAAGACCCAAGGAGACCUGUGUGUUUUCAUCCCUCCAUAGGCAUGGGACUGCCAGUGAUGCUCAGCUUGGAGAACAAGGACAGGAAGGGAUUCACCUGGGCCAUUGCCCCGAUCUUGACUACGCUGGGCUACCUACACAUACUGCUGGUCUCUGUCUUUCCCUUCUGGGUGCGGCUUGUGAAUGUGGAGACCCAGGAAGUGUUUUUCAGUGGCCUGUUUGAGAACUGCUUCCAUAUCAAAUGCUGGAAACCCCGACCCCUAUCUAUUUACAUCCUCCUUGGCCGGGUCUUCCUGCUCUCUGCAGUUGUCUUGGCUUUCGUCACCACCUUCCUCAUGGUCUCCACCGCCUCCGAGUUCCUCCUGAGGACCCGGAAGCACAACGUCCUGUCAGCCUUCGUCAGCUUCUGCACAGGGGCCUCUGCCUUCCUGGCCUUGUUGAUGCAUGCCCUGGAGAUCCGGGAUCUGAGGACGAAGCCCAGCCCCACGCAGUUCUCUGUGCAAUGGCCGUACUACGUCUUGGCCUGUGGUGUUUUGCUGUUCCUAGUGGCUGGUGCCCUCUGCCUCUCUGAAGAAAUAAGCUGCCGUAGCUGCCAUUUGUUGCCCAUUUCCCAGCACACUGAGCAUGCUCAGGGGACUCUACACCUGGAGAAGCUGGAGAAUUUGGGAGGGGACCUGAAUACCAUAAAAAAGGAGACACUCCGGAAGGAAGAAACAGUUAUCUAGCCCAGGAUAUUGUCUUCUACUCUCCUCCCAUCUGGGCGAGUGUUGAGCCAUACCUUCAAAACCAAGCCUGGAGGCAAUGAGGAGAUGAAAGAAUAUUUAUUACAUGAUCAAAGAAAGUGAGAUUUUUUUUAAAACAACAUACAGGGUGGACCCAUUCAUUGAUAUUAAAAGUGAUGUUCCUGGCUGGGAAUGUGGCUUAGUGGUAGAGUGCUUGCCUAGCAUGCAUGAAGCCCUGGGUUCCAUUCCUCAGUAUCACAUACACAUAAAAGCCAGAAGUGACACUGUGGUUCAAGUGGUAGAGAGCUAGCCUUGAAUAAAAGAAGCUCAGGGACAGUGCUCAGACCCUGAGUUCAAGCCCCAGGACUGGCAAAAAAAAAAAAAAAGCCAUGUUCCCAGAUAUAUGCAUGUCUUGGUAUAGGAAGUAUUUCCUAAAUAUGUAUUUGGAGGAGGGGAGGUUUGGGGCUGGGAAGGAGACAAAACUUCCUUCAACUUUCUCUCCUGGUCCCGGAAGCCGAACCUAGAAAGUCUGCCCAACUGGGAGGAGCGAAGGCAAGUCUGCCACCAACACAGCACCUUUGCCUCUCCACAUAUAUGAUGCCUUGACUAAUGACCCCAAACUCAGCCCAGAGGCCUCUCGCCUGCUCAUUUUAUUUCUCUUACUCUUACUGAAAGUCUGAGAUCUGAGGAUCCAGGUUCAAAGCUAUCUCUGGCAGAAACGUCUGAGAGACUCAAUCUCCAAUUAAUGAGCAAAAACUGGAGUAGGAGGCAUGGCUCAAGUGGUAGAGUGCCAACCUUGAGUGAAACUACCCCAGUGGGAAAAUGAGGCCCUGAGUUCAAGCUCUGGUAGUGGCAAAGGUAAUAGCUUUAUUGAGGAAGAACUUAUUUACAAGAAACUGCACAUAAAGUAUAUAACUCCAUAUAAUUUGUUAAAUAUUCCACCACAAUCAAGAUAGGGGAUGCUGAGUUCUGAGGAUCAUGGUUCAAAGCCAGCAGA